AUGGUGCUGAACAACGAUGCAGAGAUAAUUGCACUGGAAUUUGGAGAAAUUUUCAAAACUCUGGAAAUGAAGAAACGGCAAUUGUUAGAAGAUGUUGAAAAUCAAAGAAGUAAAAAAGAGAAAGAAUUUCAGAUUUGGAAGAAAAUGAAGGAAACUCACAAGAAGACUGUUGAGAAUUUUUUGAAGGAUUGUGAAAAGCUUGUCCAUGAGUGCGAUCCUCAGCGUUUCCUGGAGGUGGCCUGUGGCUUGAAUACAAGAAUGAAAACUCAGCUUGACCUGAUGAAUAUAGCAUCCAGCUAUGAAAAAGCACCAGAGUAUACUCAAAAGAAGAUGGAUAUCAAACCUGUGGUUAAUGAAAUCUUGGCUUUGAAGUUAAUGCCUGUUGAUGUACGCAUUGUUAAAGAUCUACCUUCUGGAGGAAAUGAGAACUUAACAAAAAAUACUCUAUUUAAAAAUAACAUAAAGCAAUGGCAGGACCAGAAGAAUACACCCAAGACAUUUCUUCCUGUAGCAGGACAGGAGGAAGCACUAGCAGAUGGUAGCAGGAUCUGUACUCGCUUAAUGUCAAUAUCAGAAAUGUCAGCAUUUCAAAACAUGAGUCAUGAGGAGUUACGUUACAAAUACUAUAUGGAACAUCAGAAGCUCACCAAUGAGUUCAAGACACAAACUUCACCUGCAAAUAAAAAGUAUAAAUUUGUAACUGCUGAGGCUUUGAAGGAUAGGUCCUCAGGAACUCCUUUUGUAUCUUCACCUACCAAAGCAAAUAACACAGAUAAAGUAAAAAUGGGAACCCUGCAAAGAGCAGAUGGCUUUGAGAGAAGCUUUUUUGGAACCAGUAAUCACAGCAUCCCAUCCACAAAUACGAACUUUUCUGAAACAAAUGGUGACUUAAAAUUAUUUCAUGAGAGAAAUUCCCAGGAAGUAAUCACUCCAGCCUUAUCAGAAAGCUUUAAAGACUUAGUAAUGAAAGAAAAAUUGCCAGUGCAGGCAUCGGCAGUUAUUGUUUCCAACGAAAUGGACACAAAUUCUAGCACUUCAUCCAGCUUAAAACCAGCAGCAUCAGUAGCUGUUGCUGUUUCAAAUUCAGAAUUUCUAGAUGUUUCUGCAGAGAGACUUUCUGCUUCACCUUUUGCUUUCAGUGCAUGUAACAACUCAUUACCCAGAUUUAUUAAAGAUGUAGGUACAUUUUCCUUUAAAAAGAAAGACAGAAAAUAUGUUUUCCCUCAAUUUUAUCUAGGAAAAUGUGAUCGUGCGGAUAAAACUGAUAACCAGGAUGAAAGCAAAUUUAGAAAACAUGGUCCUAUAACCAAAACCACAGUUUCUGAUGCUUCAACCAGUCCUAAUUUAGACUUAGCAGAAAGUGAGAAGCCAGAUUUUUCAUUCCCCUUUGGCAAUUCAGAAAGAGAUUGUUUUGCAGGAUCGGGAGUUAGCAAUUCAUCUAAGGUUUUACCAUUAUCCUCAUUUUUUACCCAAUCUGAGAAGCCAUCUGACAAAAAUACAUUAUCUCAUGUGAGAGAAACACCUUCUGCAAAGGAAACUGCAGAAUACGGUACACAGAAACCAUCUGUCUCAUGGGAACAAAAAGCUAAUGCCUCAGAAUCCAUCACAACUGUAGCUUGCAGUACUUCAGAAACCAACACUGCAGCUGGGGUGAAUGUCGUCUCCGAGUCCCCCUUUCUCCCCAGUAAUUGUGUAUUUUCCUUCACAAAUAACUGUUUUCAGUUGCCUUCACCAGUAUUUUCAUUUGGAAGUAUUGUCAGAAAUACCUCUGAUUCGCUGACUUCCUCCUUGUUUUUGUCUGGAAAUGGUACUGAAAAAACAGAGAAAGAGAAGAUGAAAUCUCCUGACACAACACCUCUAAAUCUAGGGAAGCCUAUAUCCUCAGAGUGUGCAGAGCCUGCUUCUAGACGCAGUCAUCCAAAAUGUGAAGGUUCAUUCUUUCCUAUGAACUCGUCUAAGAAAACUGAAAGCACAGAAAUGCUUGCUGAUAGUAAUUCUUCUUGUAGUCAGCCUUUAUGUUCAGUUGUCCUUCCUGUUAAGUACGAGAAUGCAUCUUCCACUCAACUUAUUACAGCAAUAAAACAAGAAACAAAGGUAAAAGAUGAAGAAAGUGAAACUGUUGCUGAAAACAACUGUUCCUGUCUUAGGAGGGAAGAUGAACCCGAGUCUGUACAGUUUCAGAAUGCAGCUUGUCCUGUUCCUGGCACAUGCAAUGGUCCAUCUUUAGGAGGAUCUGUGCUUAUGGUAAAUGAGGCAGGAGGAAUGCCAAGUGACAGCGAAUCUGACACCGAAGAGCUAAGUCAAACAUCCGUCUCUACUGAUACCAGCAGUGCGUCAGAAUAUUUUUCUGUUGCCGAAGACAAAAUAUCUACUAGAAGAAAAUCGGAGACAUGA